AGACUGUAGAAGUUGAGUGUGAGAAAUUGCGGAGUGCGGACUGACCACCAGCUGCAAGUCUAGAGUAAUUCCGUUUAACAAUGGAUACAACGCGCUUUUCUUUAAUAGGUUUGAUUAUGAUUCUGGGAGCUGGAAUUCACAUAUCAUCUGCGCUGCAGUGCCAUUGCCAGUGGUGCGUCAACAGUACCUGCCACACGGAUGGCCUGUGCUUCGUGUCCUUCGUCAAGACGGGCAGUAAGAUGGUGGCCCAGAGGAGCAUGUGUUUCGAUGAGGCGGACCUCGUCCCCAAGGACAGACCAUUUGUCUGCGCCCACACCAAGGAAAACAUAGGGAUGGUCCCUGUCUGCUGCACCACGGACAUGUGUAACAAAGACCCCGACCCCAACGACUACUCAGGAACGUUCCCCACAGCUCCAACACCCCCCCUGAGCCCGGUGGCCCUGGCAUCCGUCAUCGCGGGGCCGGUGUGCGUGCUCUGCUUUGUGCUGCUGCUGGUGUUCUACCUGUGCCACAGCCGCUCUGUCAUCCACCACCGUGUGCCCAACGAGGAAGACCCAGCCAUGGACCACCCCUUCCUGGCCGAUGGCCACACCCUCAAAGACCUCAUCUACGACAUGACCACCUCCGGAUCUGGGUCAGGCCUGCCCCUACUGGUGCAGAGGACCAUAGCCAGGACUAUCGUCCUUCAGGAGAGCAUCGGAAAGGGGAGGUUUGGGGAGGUGUGGCGGGGCCGCUGGCGUGGAGAGGAGGUGGCUGUCAAGAUCUUCUCCUCCCGGGAGGAGCGCUCGUGGUUCCGUGAAGCGGAGAUCUACCAGACGGUCAUGCUGCGCCACGAGAACAUCCUGGGCUUCAUCGCCGCCGACAACAAAGAUAACGGCACAUGGACCCAGCUGUGGUUGGUAUCAGAUUACCAUGAGCACGGCUCUCUGUUUGACUACCUGAACAGGUACACAGUGACUGUAGAGGGCAUGAUUAAACUGUCCCUGUCCACCUCCAGCGGCCUGGCUCACCUGCACAUGGAGAUUGUUGGUACCCAAGGUAAGCCUGCCAUCGCUCACCGUGACCUUAAGUCUAAGAACAUCCUGGUGAAGAAGAACGGCACAUGCUGCAUCGCAGACCUGGGAUUGGCUGUCCGCCACGACUCGGCCACCGACACCAUCGACAUCGCUCCUAAUCACAGAGUGGGAACCAAGAGAUACAUGGCCCCCGAAGUCCUGGAUGACUCUAUCAACAUGAAACACUUUGAGUCCUUCAAGAGAGCAGACAUCUACGCCAUGGGUCUGGUGUUCUGGGAGAUUGCACGGAGAUGUUCAAUAGGAGGUAUCCACGAGGACUACCAGCUGCCCUACUAUGACCUGGUCCAGUCAGACCCCUCUGUGGAGGAGAUGCGGAGGGUGGUGUGCGACCAGAAGCUACGAGCCAACAUCCCAAACAGGUGGCAGAGCUGUGAGGUGCUGCGGGUGAUGGCUAAGAUCAUGAGAGAGUGCUGGUACUCCAACGGGGCAGCCCGACUCACCGCGCUGCGCAUCAAGAAGUCCCUGUCCCAGCUCAGCCAGCAGGAAGGGAUAAAGAUGUAAACUGGAGACAUCACCACCUGUCUGUCUGCACACUCUGUCCCCGUCUACGUCCUGUUGGCAUGGCCUCUUCUUUCUCUGAAGGGGGAGGGAGUGGAUAGAACCAUACAUGUGAAUGUGCUCAAUGCUCGGUCCAUCGAGUUGGAUUGAGGGGAUUGGUCUCGGCCCCUCUGUUCUCCUUUGAGAUGGCAGUAGGAUAUAGGAUGGUUUCAGUCAAGAACCUGGAUAAUAUUUGUCUGGACUCUGGGUGCAGAGACACAGGCUCCAGUCCCUCCAGUUGCAUAAUCUGUCUGGUUUAAACAAGCCCUUGUUUCGGUACCCCAACAGGCACUACAAGACUUGAUCAGACGUUCAUUUAGGAACUCCAUUGCAAAGAUUCAGUCCAAGAAGUGAAUUUAUUUGGAAGGAAAUAUCCAUUUCCAAAUACCUCUUGCUGAUAAUUUCUCAAAGUGUUGCAAUUAGUGUCUAUUUAAGUGUUUCAUUCAAACAGGAUGGAGUGUUACGCAUAUGCAUUUCUUUAUUUCAUA